AUGGAAAAGUCUCUGAAGAACCCAAGGGGACCCCCAAAGAAGGAGAGGAUGCGCCCCGACUUAUCCAACAGAAACACGAAAAGAUACUCGAAUAGAAUUGACCCUCACCAAGCAAGACGGAGGAGGUUCAUUUCUCUGACGCAUCGACAACCAAACACGCCAGAACACCAACCAAGGAAAGGAUCUAGACCCAAAGAACAAUUGACAAUUCGAACGGCGGAGAAAGAGGAAAACUCCAGGGAAUACCCGCAAGACUCGCCAAAGAGGCAAGCACCGAGGAGGCCAAGCAAGAAAAAGGCCCCCAAGGACAGAGGAAACCGCAGAAAGGCAGCUCCGCAGGUAAAGAACCAGGAAGAGAAAAGGAACCCAGAUAGCCAAGGAUCAACUAAAAGACGAAAGGGGAACCAUAGGGGAGGCAGCGAAACAAGAAGGGAGUCCGCCGACAUAAUAGCUCUCAUUCCGAACAGGCGACCACCGAGAAGAGAAAUUAGCAUCGUCAGGGGGAACGGAGCAGAAAUUAAAGAACCAGCCCGGCUGUCCUGCUACGAUAAGAACUACCAGGACUGCGUAACAGACAACCAAGUGACCUCGGCGGGGUUAGUGACAAACAAUCAGGCAACAGAGGAGACGUAUGCAGGGACAGAAACCAAUAAAGAACAAGGAGGGGAUCUUCGAACUCGAAGAGGGAAGCAGGAACUCGCAGGCGGCAAGACAGAAACAGAAGGAGUGGGCGGGGAAAAGGUAACAAGGCAGGGGAAGGACAGGAAGAAGGAACAAGCAGGCAAUCCCAGGGUUGAGGGAGGUACAGAAGGAAGAAAAGACAAACACCAGACUGAACGGAUACAGAUCUUGUCAGAAGUGACCUAA